UUUAGGAAUCAUAUUGAGAAAUCAAAAAACUGAAGAUUUUCCUAAACCACAGCCACAUCCUUUAAAAUUUAUUGACAGUUUUAGUCAUUAACGUUUCGCUAAAUGCAUUCAAAGUCGUAUCAGUGACAUCUGGACAAAAUGGAGCUUCUUUGAUUUUAAAAUGUGGGGUUGAAAAUCUAGAGAAGGACAUUGACCAAUCAAGAGCAAUAUCGGGGGACCUACGCAGUCGGAUUAGUUGGGUUGACCAAUUAGGCAGGACUAUUUCAGCCAGAGCUAGUUCGGAAACGGAAACCAGUUUUGUCACCCAUAGAGGCGAAUUGGCGCUGCUGCCCUUGCAAGCGUCUCAACCAGUUUCCUAUUGGUGCUUGCUGGACGAAACUAAGUUGUCAAAGAUAAGCGUUCAAAUUGAAAAUUCUGAAGAGUCUGAGAGUGAUUAAAAUGAAUUUGUGUUGGAGCCAAGAGACACAGAGGCGAUUGCUCACUCGACCGAGUUUGUCCAGUUCGACUGCAUAGGCCCCAAUGGGCACAACUGCUGUACAACCAGAAGUUGAUUGAGACAAUUAAAUUGGAGAUCAGUAAAAUCUUGACGGCAAAACUUUAUGGUCUUCGUAGCAACUUGACCUACUACGCGCAGGUGGCUGCUGUAAAUGAAGCUGGCAAGGGAGAGUGGUCGAAGCCUCUGAAGAAACGCGCCCCUCCAAGAGUUCCCGAGAAACCUGAGAACGCGUGGAUUUUGAUGCACCGAGGCCCACCCUGCUCUUUCGAAGUGUUUGGCAAGUUCCUCAAAGAAGACUUCGUAGAGCAAAUACAUCUCGACUACUCCUUCAAUAUAGGAAGCGAAGUGUCAGGCGAUUCAGAAGUGAAAUAUUUCAUGCUGCUGUUUCCGAGAGAGUUUGAGAAAAAUACAGAGGCAUGCAGUCAUGAAGGAUGUAUCUCCGUGUCUGUAUUUUUCUCAAACUCUCUCGGAAACAGCAGCAGGAAAUUUUUCACUUCUGAAUCGCCUGACAGCAAAAAAUAUUCUUCCGAGCAAGGGAGCAGAGGUUAGAUUGGAUGCGUUCAACAACUUCAACGAAGACACGACAUCGCGAGAAAGUUUGAUUUCAUGGAAUCAUAAGGAAAUAGUGAAAGUGCAGAAUUUCUCACUGAGUAUAGUCCACUUGGUAGAUGAGUUCACAAAUGAUAUGCCCGAGUUAGGAGUGACUAGUUAUGACUAUUCAGCUAAAAUAGUCGGGUUGACUCCGAAUCAGAAAUGUGAAAUAACUAUUGCAGCCAAUGGUUUCUUCGGGAAUUGUGCAAAAACGAGUGCGAUUAUCACAACAGAACCCGAUAUUCCGGACGCAAUACCGAGUAUACCAGACUACACAAUUAAGUCACGCAGAGUAGAACUAUCCGGUCUCUCAGUCUCUGACAAGAAACUGAAUGGAAAUCUAGUCAAAUACGAGUUACAGUACAAGCUGAGAGAGAAUUCAACAGCCGACUGGCAGAGCAUGUUUUCAUCGGGAGACAGUAGUAGAAUGAGUAGUGGUAGGCAGUUGCAAUUAAACAGCAUGUAUGAGAUGAGACUGGCAGUGUGUUAUCAGAUGGGAAGAGGACCAUGGACUCACCUGUUCUACGUCUUCGUCACACAGGACGAAAUAACAAAACCACCUCGGGAGUGAAAGUGGAAGUGGCCGAGGGAGUGCCGGCGCUUCUUUUGUGACACUGAGUCGGCACCACUCUCCCAGUCAGAACUAGAACUCGGUUCUAGGUGCUCUCAACAUUAACGCAUACCAGGUGUGUUAUGGCAAGUCCCAACUGCACAUGGCGUGUGAGUUGGGAGCAGUGGGGGGAGGUGACAGUGGGACUUCCUUGACUGUGGAUGGUCUAGUGGGCUUCACUGAGUAUGUGUUCCAAGUGGGUGCUUUCAACCACCUGGGAUUGGGACCACUCUCCUAUCCAAUCACAGUCACCACGGACAUAGGCGCUAUUGCCGUCGAGUGUUUCGAAAUUAUCAGUGGAUGUCGUGACUGACUCUCUUGUGGUGGUUGAGUGGAGUAGUCCAGUACCUGCUCAGGGACCAAUUGAGGACUACUUGAUCACCUACCG